UGGACAGCAUCACUUACUACUCUCAGUCGUCGAGUGCUGACACCCUACCUUUGCAGUGGGGUCUGGACGCCCGAGAGCCCUUCCUGGCAAAGUCCCUGAGGGGUAGCAAGACGGCUCAGAAAAACCGCGGAGGAAGGGAAGCGGCUCCCUACACUUUUCAGCUCGGCCCUCCACCUCAGCCACCGUCACCACAGAGCUGAAUGCAGCCUAGAGAGCCAAGCGUGCAGCGCCUUCAAGACCGGAAACAGGCAGGCACCACAGAGCUGGAGGACGAUCGCUGAACCGAGCGCUUAGAGCCGCCGAACCAUAGAGAUCGGAAAAAGGAGCGAGCGGCCACACCGGAAAGAAGGCCAAGAGCGCAGGCGGUUAGACAAGAUGGCAGCAACCAAGAGGAAACGGCGUGGAGGCUUGGCAGUUCAGGCGAAGAAGCCAAAAAGAAACGAAAAAGAUGCCAAACCGCCAGCUAAGCCUCGCGCCACUGCAGAGGAGGUGGAGGAAGAAGAGAGAAACCGGAUCCCAGGCCCCGUUUGCAAGGGCAAAUGGAAAAAUAAGGAACGAAUUCUCAUCUUUUCUUCCAGAGGAAUAAAUUUCAGAACAAGACAUUUAAUGCAGGACUUGAGAAGGUUGAUGCCUCAUUCUAAAGCAGAUACUAAAAUGGAUCGUAAGGAUAAGCUAUUUGUGAUUAACGAGGUUUGUGAAAUGAAAAACUGUAAUAAAUGCAUCUAUUUUGAAGCUAAGAAAAAACAGGAUCUCUAUAUGUGGCUUUCAAAUUCACCUCAUGGACCAUCUGCUAAAUUCCUAGUUCAAAAUAUUCAUACCCUUGCUGAACUAAAGAUGACUGGAAACUGUUUGAAAGGCUCUCGGCCCCUUUUGUCUUUUGACCCGGCUUUCGAUGAAUUACCACAUUAUGCUUUGUUAAAAGAACUCAUAAUUCAGAUCUUUAGUACACCACGGUAUCAUCCCAAAAGCCAACCAUUCGUGGACCAUGUGUUUACUUUCACCAUUUUGGAUAAUAGGAUAUGGUUUCGGAACUUUCAGAUUAUAGAAGAAGAUGCUGCUCUUGUAGAAAUAGGACCUCGUUUUGUCUUAAAUCUCAUAAAGAUUUUCCAGGGAAGUUUUGGAGGACCAACUUUAUAUGAAAACCCUCACUACCAGUCACCAAACAUGCAUCGGCGUGUCAUAAGAUCCAUCACAGCUGCAAAAUACAAAGAGAAACAGCAAGUGAAAGAUGUGCAGAAACUGAGAAAGAAAGAACUGAAGACUCUUCUUCCACACGAUCCCACUGCAGAUGUUUUUGUUACACCAGCUGAGGAGAAACCAAUAGAAAUACAGUGGGUAAAGCCAGAGCCAAAAGUUGAUUUGAAAGCACGAAAGAAACGGAUUUACAAAAGGCAAAGAAAAAUGAAACAGAGGAUGGACAGAGGGAAAACAAAAUAAGUCAACGAAAACUUGAUUUGUUUUCAGUUAUUUUAUAUUUAUUUUGUAUUCAGUGUGUAAAUACUUUUAUUAUCCAGUAUUACUUAUGUCUAAUUAGUGUGGCAUUUAAAAGAAAGAAAAAUUAAAAUCUUAAAAUCAGUGAUUAUCUGCUUCUAAAUAAAACAUCAUCAGAAUUCAUCAGUUAAUUUC